AUGAAAAUUAUGAGUAUGUCUUUGCGAACUUGGAAGCCAUUUGGGUGGAAGAUGAUGGAAGUAGUACUGAGGAGGAAGAGGAGGAUUAAGAUGGACAAGACGAUAAAGAGGAUGAUGGAGGUAGCAAUGCAGAGGAGGAUGGGCAUGAUGAUGAAGAGGAUGAUGGAGGUAGCAGUAAAGAGGAAUGGAGUAGCUAUGAUGAUUGAGAGACAACAAAGAGAACAGAAAACCCAAAUCAGUGAACAGGGGAAGCAGGGGAAGCAAAGGAACAGAGGAAUUGAGAAUAAUGUAAAGAGAACUGCUAGCUCUUGA